AUGAUCAUGAAUAAUAUUUGUCGACAAUUCUUCUCACACUUCUCGAGACCAGUUGUGUUGCGCCAGGCCUACUGUGUUGCGCCAAGAUUCAGCAGUUUUCAGCCCAAAUUCAGUCAAAGUUUAUAUUACAUUAACCUAAGAGCCGCUCAUAUUUACGGAUUGCAUUCCAUGGAGGAUUAUCAAAAUUAUCUGGCCGAAAGAAGUGGUCGGUUCGCGUUGUUGGACUUUUACGCGGACUGGGACGGCACGUCGUUGUUGCAAAAGGAUCGGUUGGCGACAAAAGUUGAGACUAGAGACGAGGAGGUAGGUUAAGAUAAAAUUCAUGAAAAAUCUCUAAUUUUUUAAUCGAUUGAGUAAAAUAAAAUCCUCUAAUCUCUUCUCCGUUCCAGUUUGACCUCCUUCAAGUCGAUGUUGGGACCGCUGUAGACGUGGCCGAAUAUUUCCAGGUCGCGGAAGUUCCAACCCUCAUCUCUCAUGAUGAAGAAGGAGAAAUCGAUCGUAUCGUUGGGGAUGUCGACGACGAAACGUUGGACGAAAUUCUCGAGGAUCUAAUCGACCGUUCUCAACACCACGGCUAG